CACUUCCCUUUUCUCAUCCCUAUUGUAUUCGUCUCUUUCCCCACUUUCUGCUUUAUCUCAUUCUUCCAUUGUUACUGCACAGGCACGCCACCAGGCAGUUAAGGCAGUUAAGGUGUUUUUGCUAUUCCUUUUCUUCUCGUGUUUUUCACUCUCCAAUCGGUAGCCACACACCAAACCCCAACUCUUUUCAUCUUCCUCUCAAUCUCGUGUAGUCUACAACCUUCUUCACGCCGUCUCCUCCUCAGCUCCAGCGGCUCAGUGUCGCCGCCGCCUCGCUGUCGUUCAUAGCUGUUGCUUCUGUCGUCUUUCUUCCCCUCGUGCAGCCGUAGCGUCCCUUCUAGCGUGUUUUUACUCAUUUUCUACUGGGUGAUGAACUCUAUGAAACCCAACCCAACCUAGAAACUAAGAUUGGGUUUCUUCCGUCAAUUGCUGCUGUAUACAGAACUCAAUUGCCCAUAUAAAUUGGACCUUGUGGUCGUAUGGAUGAUAAUAAAGUUGACAUUAUUAGCACCUCAGUAGAAGCAAGUACAAACAAUUUUAAAAUAAAAAAGGGGGAUAGACUCAUAUUAAGGGGUCUAAAGUUUCACGGUUAUCAUGGGGUGCAUCUUAGUGAAAAGGAAACAGGACAAAUGUUUUUGGUGGAUGUGGAUGCUUGGUUGGAUCUCCGGGCAGCUGGAAAAUCUGACGACUUGAAUGAUUCUGUAAGCUAUACAGCAAUUUAUCGCAUAGCGAAGGAAAUUAUGACUGGACCAUCACAUGAUCUUCUGGAAUCAGUUGCAGAGGAAAUUUCUUCAAAAAUAAUGAUCGAGUACGAUCGAAUAACUGCAGUUCGAGUGAAAGUUGCGAAGCCUGAUGUUGUUGUUGGCGGGCCCAUUGACUACUUGGGUGUUGAAAUUUUUAGAUCUAGAGAUAGAGACAUGGCAAUGUAACGUGCUUGUUAGUUCAACCUAAUGUUGUACUUUGUUUUUUGGAAAGAAGCUUAUGUGAAAGUGAAAUAAAGUUCUUGUUAACAUAAUAUUUGAUUAAUAUGACCAUUUGAGUUUUAGUUGUAUUUUUACACUGGGAUAAAUAGUAA